AUGAAUCCGAUUGAUAAGAAACUGUUUAUAUGUAUUGAUAUCGUUCGUAUACUAUUUGAUUUAGGUUUAAUCUAUGGCGUUAUAUUAGCAAUACAUCAAUCAAAACCAUAUACAAUUGUUCAUAGUGGAAAAUUAAGAACUAAACAUAAUAAUAUAGUUAAAUGGAUUAUAGAACAAGUUCAAAUAUCUUCAAAAGAAAAUUUAAAAGAAAAUAGUGUUAAAAAACAUGAAACGCAUAUUGAUUUGGAAACAAUUAUUGAUCAAAUAUGUGAUUUACUUUUAGAAGAUCUUGUUUUAUCUUGGUAUAAAAAUAUUUCCUAUGAACAAACAACAUUUACUCAAACACUUAAACAAGAAAUUCACCUAAUUGUAUCAAAUAUUAAAACACGUUGUGCUCAGGUUGAUUGGGUUAAAUUCAUAUCAAAUGAUCUUGUUGAACUAUUUGCUGAUCAUUAUCAACAAGUGCGACGAGCAACAUUAUAUCCAGAAGAAUAUCCGUUUCGUUUACAUGCUUAUUUAGAAACCAAUGAAAUUGAAAAUGAUUAUUUAAGAGUAAUGAAUGAAGCAUUAUUACUUCUUCUGUUACCAUCAAGUUAUUCAUCGACAUUAGCUUUAAGGCAUUUAUUACGUGAAAUAUUUGUUUUUAAAAUUUUUAAACCAACAAUAAAUUUAAUAUGUGAACCUGAUUAUUUAAAUGAAAAUAUUUUAUAUCAAAUUGAUCAACUAAAUUCAAAUAAUGAACAAAAAUUACGAAAAUUUACAUUAGCAUCUAAUUAUGAAAAUUUUAUUAAGCUUAUUGAAACAAGUAAUGAUCUUGAUAAACUUGAACAAUUUUGGAAUUAUAUUGUAACAGAAAUUAUGCAAGCAACAGCAAUCAGAAAUUUAUUAAAAGAAGGUGUUAUUUCAAAUGAUAAUCAUCAAGCAAGACUUGGAACUAAAGGUGAAUUGUUAAUGAAGCGUGAUUUACCAAAAUAUCUUAAUCAAUUACGACGAGCAAAAAUAGUUUGUGAAAGACAUAUUACAGCUAAUGGUGGUCGAAGUUAUUUACUUGUUGAUGCAAGUACAAAUAAAAUUAAUUUAGCUAAUCGAAAAAUAUUGUCAUUAAAUAUGAUAUUAAGUUGUAUUACUGGUCGUCAUUAUUUACAUCAAUUUUUAGAAACAUUUGGUACUCAUACAUUAGUUAAAUUUUGGUAUGAUGUUUGGAAAUUACGUUCUGCUCCAUCUCAUGAACGACAUCGUGUAGCAACAAAUAUUUAUAAAACAUAUAUAACACUUUUUGGUAGUGCUGUUCGUGAUGAAAUUGAUAAUGCAACGGCUGAACCAGAUGCAUUUUAUCAUGGUCAAGCUAUUGUUUAUCGUGUAUUACAACGUGAUUAUUAUGUAUCAUUUCUUGUAUCUAAACAAUAUGAUGCAUUUUGUCGAACGUUCGAUCCAGCUGAUCUAAAAAAUUUUGAUUUAAAAGAACAAUUACUUGGUUGGUCAACACCAAUUUCAGCGGAUGAAAAUGAUGAUCAUACAGAUGAUAAUCGUAUAUUACAACAAUCUGAAUUAACAACUGAAGAACCAUCUGAAAGUGUACCAAAACGUUUAGCUGAUUUACGAAAUCAACUAUCGAAUAAACAAUAUGCAUUAACAGCUGCAAAAGAAGCAUCGACAUUUGAUACAACAGUUUUAGCGUCACUUGAACGUGAUUGUAUUGAUUUACAUCAAGAAAUAAGUACACUUGAAUGUUUAUUAGAAAAUGUUGAUUUAUGGUGGUCCUAUAUGGGUCAAUGGCAAGCUCAAAUACUUUCGGAUAUGAUUGGAAAUGGUCGAUCAUCUCUAGCUGUACUUAUUCGAAGUCCAAACAGUGAACAGGAUCAAGUUGGUUGGGUUAUAACACGAACAUUAUAUGCUUGGCAACAUUUUUAUUUUCGAUUAAAAGAACUAGAACCAUCAUUACCAACAAUUGAUUUAUUUCGUGUACGUCAUCGUCAUUUUAACCAAUUACAAUUUGACGAAUAUGCCUCUAAACUAUUAUUAAAUCAACUUGAAAUAUUUCUACAAACAAUUCUUCAUGAUGAACAUAUGUCAUCAUUUGAACUAGUUUAUCAAUUUUUGAAUCCAUCUAUUAUUGAUAAUGAUAAACAAUUAUCAAAUUUAGUUAAUGUUAAAAAGAAACAAACGAAUUCACAUGAAAAUUUAUUGACUUAUCUUAAUUUAAUAAAUGAUUGUGAUGGAAAUCCAUUCUGA